UCCCUGUUGUGAAAACGAGAGCCGUCUGAGGCAGCGAGCCUGACGGGGGCUGGACUGAUGACAGCCUCCUGCGCCGCUCACAGCCUCCUCACACCUGACCGACUCCAUCAGACGCGCAGAUGAUGGAGCCGCUGCCGGGUCGCCCCUCUGCCACCAUUUCGCACAUCCAGUGCCCAACAAAUGUUCUGCAAACGCCUUCAACUCUUUAUCCUCGAUAACUGACCGGAUGGGUCGUGAUUUUUUGGUUUCCCCCCACGCGAUUACUAAGUGAUCCGUGCUUUUCUUCUUCUUUUGUUUUCCUGGAAAAGCAAGCAGGAGUGGACUGAUGCUGCGUCGCUGCUAAACACCAGACAUGGGUGUCAUCGAAACAAAGGUGCUCGUUUUUGGACCCAUUUUCUCCUCAUCUGCCCAUGAAGAAGAUCUUAUCUACAAGUUGCUGCACCUAACAGGCUUCAGUCAAGCAAACAAAUGUUCCACUCAAUAGCUGUUGGACACAAUCAACCAUAGGGAGGAAAUCAAUAACACAGUAAUACGCCUUCACGCAUACCACAUACACACCUGUCAUGGCGCUGGAGAACUCCGUUUUCCCCUCCCGGCCCGACUCCCUUGCGCUCCCCGUGGAGGAGAAGGAAGAAGGGGAAGCAGUGGAGGCAGCCUCGGCCUCCACGGGGGUCUUCAACCUUUCGGAGGAGCUGGGACACGUGGUCACCACGGAGACGACGCCUUCGCCUCCCGUCAAGGCGAAGGUCAGCAGGUCCAUCCAGGCCAAAAUAGCCGACCAGGAGGCCAAAGCCAACCAGCACGGAAAGAAGACCCAGGGGACGGAGAAGGAGAGGGGCCGAUUCGGAUGGCCACGGGCUCGCCGCAAGAGGCAACGCUACGUGGAGAAGAACGGUCGAUGCAAUGUGCAGCACGGCAACAUGAGGGAGACUUAUCGCUACCUGACGGACAUCUUCACCACUCUGGUGGACCUCAACUGGCGCUGCUCACUCUUCGUCUUUGUCAUGGCCUACGCUGUCACAUGGCUCUUCUUUGGGGCCAUCUGGUACCUCAUAGCCUACUGUAGGGGUGAUCUGGACCAUCUGGAAGAUCAGACGUGGACGCCGUGCGUAAACAACGUGAAUGGUUUCAUCUCAGCUUUCCUCUUCUCCAUCGAGACCGAGACCACAAUCGGCUACGGACACCGGGUCAUCACCGACCAGUGCCCAGUGGGCACCAUGCUGCUGCUGCUGCAAGCCAUUCUGGGGUCGAUGGUCAACGCCUUUAUGGUCGGCUGCAUGUUUGUGAAGAUCUCGCAGCCCAACAAACGAGCGGAGACGCUGGUGUUCUCCAAACACGCCGUCAUCUCCCUGAGAGACGACAAGCUCUGUCUGAUGUUCCGGGUGGGGGACCUGCGCAGCUCCCAUAUAGUGGGGGCCAACAUGAGAGCCAAGCUCAUUAAAUCCAAGCAGACUCAGGAGGGCGAGUUCAUCCCUCUGAACCAGACAGACAUCAGCGUGGGCUUUGAGACGGGCGAUGACAGACUCUUCCUGGUUUCUCCGUUGGUGAUUUCCCACGAGAUUGACGCACAUUCUCCCUUCUGGGACAUGUCGCAGGCGCAGCUGGAGAAGGAGGACUUUGAGAUUGUGGUCAUUCUGGAGGGAAUGGUGGAAGCCACAGGAAUGACAUGCCAGGCGAGGAGCUCCUACUUGACUGAGGAGGUUUUGUGGGGUCACAGGUUCAGCCCCAUGAUGCUGCUGGCAGAAGGCUUCUUUGACAUCGACUAUGGAGCCUUUCAUCACACGUUUGAGGUGGACACACCGUCCUGCUCAGCACGCGAUCUGUCAUUGGCCGCAGCCCGGCUGGACGCUCACCUGUACUGGUCCAUCUCGAGCAGACUGGACGAAGAGCCCACGCUGGCCAGCCAGGCCUCCAAGCAGCUGGACAGCAGCUCGGCAAACAGCAAAGGCGGGGAAGCCACCUUCACCAUCGGCGAGAUGACCGACAUCCAGGAGCAAACAGGGCUGGGCGAGCUGAACGGCAGCGUCGCCACAGACCAACCAGAAUCCGAGGCCUAGAACAGAGAAUGUUUAUGGAGAUCUUCAGUAUAUCGCCACCACGUCACAAUAAAGACCUCUUCUUCAUUUAAGGCAAAUACGUAGUUCCACUAGUCUCAAUUCUACAGUAAACACCACGAUGCCGUACAGAAAUGUUCACUUCUCCAUAUUUUGUUUGUUUGUAGGUUCAUCUGUGUCACAUCUAUGAGUUCUCUCUUUGAUCGCAUCAUCUCCAAUCACCCUUGCCUAUAUCUACUUUAAAAUGACAAUACUAUGCUUUAGUGGGGCUCAGCAGAAUCCUGUGGAACCAGCAGAAUGUUUUACUCUUGUUUUGUUGAGUUGAAAGUAAGGAUUGUUCACAUUAAAAUAGUUCUGGUGCACGUAGAGGUUUGAAUCUUAUCUGCUCACCAGAUUCUAAUCAGGGGAAACGUACGGAUUUAAAAAUAUUUAUUCUAACUCAGCUGCUUCCAGCAUAUUAUGUCAAAAAAACAUUAUUUGGUUCAAGAAAAGGAAAAUCUUGUGCAGUUUCAAGCCUUGAAAAACAUUUUCCGGAAACAAAACGUGACAAACAGAAAGCCCUCCCUUCUUGCAGCCCUAAACAAAUGAUGAGGGUCUCCGUAACCUUCACUGCAGAGAACAGUUGUGUGUGGCUUUGCAUCACUUUCAGCAGCUGUAGCACAAAGGUUAUCCAUCGUUUGUCCCUCAAAGCACAACUGUGUCCUUCUCACUCUUCCCCAGACCCCUGCUUCUGCUGCUGUGUAUAUAUGUGGCCAUUUUUACUUGAUGUUUUUGAGACUAAUGCAUUGAUUAGAAGGAAUAAACUGCAGUAUAUAACCCAGAGUA